GGUCACGCCCUUUCGGAAAGCAAGUAAAGGGCAGUCUGCAGUCACAACCUCCUGACGUGGUCCGCGAAUCUUACUGUUGUUUGUUUCCCGGGAAAAAGUAGAAAAAUGGGAAAGGAAAAAGGCAGCGUGGUCAUGAAGAAGGGAAAGGGCUCCAUACGCUCUAUGUUCAUGCAUGCGGACGGUGUAGACUUGUUGUUGAUGGUUUUUGGGAUCCUUGGAUGCGUUGGCGAUGGGUUCUCUACGCCGCUGGUGUUGUUUAUCAGUAGCCGGUUGAUGAACAAUAUCGGCGGUGCGUCAAUUUCGUCAUCACAGAGUUUUCAGCGUAACAUCAAUAAGAAUGCUGUGGCUCUGAUGUACUUGGCUUGUGGGUCAUUCGUAGCUUGUUUCCUAGAGGGGUAUUGUUGGACCAGAACAGGUGAAAGACAAGCGGCAAGAAUGAGAGUUAAAUAUUUGAAGGCAGUGUUGCGCCAAGAUGUGGGUUACUUUGAUUUGCAUGUGACAAGCACAUCCGAGGUCAUCACGAGUGUCUCCAAUGAUAGCCUCGUAAUCCAAGAUGCUAUAAGCGAAAAGGUCCCAAAUUUUUUGAUGAAUGCUUCUAUGUUCAUCGGAAGCUAUAUAGCAGCGUUCUUAUUGCUAUGGAGACUAGCCAUUGUGGGGUUCCCAUUUAUUGUGCUUCUAGUAAUUCCUGGUCUGAUGUAUGGAAGGACUCUAAUGGGACUGGCGAGGAAGAUCAGGGAAGAGUACAAUCAAGCCGGCACAAUAGCAGAGCAGGCAAUAUCUUCUAUCAGAACAGUCUAUGCGUUUGUUGGGGAAAGCAAGACAACGGCGGCGUUCUCUGCAGCUUUGCAAGGGUCGGUGAAGUUGGGGCUGAGUCAGGGCUUGGCUAAAGGCUUGGCCAUCGGAAGCAACGGCGUUGUUUUUGCUAUUUGGUCUUUCACGUCUUACUACGGUAGUAGACUUGUCAUGUACCAUGACGCCAAAGGUGGGACUGUUUUCGUUGUCGGUGCUGCCAUUGCCGUUGGUGGAUUAGCUCUAGGUGCUGGUUUAUCCAACUUGAAAUACAUCUCUGAAGCAAUGUCAGCCGGAGAACGUAUAACGGAAGUGAUAAAAAGAGUCCCCAAGAUUGACUCCGACAACAUGGAAGGCGAGAUUUUAGAGAGUGUCUCAGCUGGAAGCGUGGAAUUUAAACACGUUGAAUUCGCAUACCCGUCAAGACCCGAGAGCAUUAUCUUUAAAGAUUUCUGCUUAGAGAUUCCAGCAGGAAAGACUCUGGCUUUGGUGGGCGGGAGUGGCUCGGGAAAAUCCACCGCGAUAGCACUGUUGCAGAGGUUUUAUGACCCACUUGGAGGAGAGAUACUUCUUGAUGGGGUUGCCAUUGAUAAGUUGCAGCUCAGGUGGCUAAGGUCGCAGAUGGGAUUGGUGAGCCAAGAGCCUGCACUUUUUGCAACCACCAUCAAGGAAAACAUACUUUUCGGUAAGGAGGAUGCAACAGAGGAAGAGGUUAUCGAGGCUGCCAAAGCAGCCAACGCUCACAAUUUCAUUUCUCAGCUCCCCCAGGGAUAUGAUACUCAGGUUGGUGAGAGAGGUGUUCAAAUGUCGGGAGGCCAGAAGCAGAGGAUCGCCAUUGCGCGAGCAAUAAUCAAGAAACCCAGAAUCCUACUCCUAGACGAGGCAACAAGCGCAUUAGACUCAGAAUCCGAACGGGUUGUCCAGGAAGCCCUUGACAAGGCUGCCGUUGGCCGCACCACCAUUGUCAUUGCUCACCGUCUGUCCACCAUUCGAAAUGCAGACGUGAUUGCUGUCGUCCAAAAUGGCCAAGUCAUGGAGACAGGGUCACACGACGACUUGAACCAAAUCGAAGAUGGCCUUUACACUUCCCUUAUCCGUCUUCAACAGACCGAGAAACAAAGGGGUCCAGAAGAUCUAGUCAAUCAUGUUAAUUCAUCUUACAUAUCAAAUGUGGACAUAAACAACACCAGCAGCCGCAGGCUCUCUAUGGUGAGCAGGUCCAGUUCUGCCAACUCGGCAGCUCCAAGUCGAGCUUCACUUGCUGGAGAUCAAGACCGUGUAGAUGACAACAAAUUGCCAGUACCAUCGUUUCGGAGAUUGCUAGGUUUGAAUCUCCCGGAGUGGAAGCAGGCAUGCUUGGGGUGUUUGGGUGCUAUAUUGUUUGGUGCGGUUCAACCUGUGUAUGCAUUCGCAAUGGGGUCAAUGAUAUCAGUAUAUUUUCUGACAAGCCACGAUGAGAUUAAGGACAAGACAAGAAUCUACGCACUAUGUUUUCUUGGAUUGGCUGUGUUCUCGCUGCUAAUUAAUGUUAUCCAGCAUUAUAAUUUCGCCUACAUGGGAGAGCACUUGACGAAGAGGAUUAGGGAGAGGAUGCUUUCCAAGAUACUCACUUUUGAAGUUGGGUGGUUCGAUGAGGAUGAGAAUUCUAGUGGCGCCAUUUGCUCUAGACUCGCCAAGGAUGCCAAUGUGGUGAGAUCUUUAGUGGGUGACAGGAUAGCCCUCAUCGUACAAACCUUCUCGGCUGUAGUUGUCGCCUUCACCAUGGGCUUGGUCAUUGCAUGGAGGCUUGCCAUCGUCAUGAUAGCCGUCCAGCCUAUCAUCAUAGUUUGCUACUACACUCGGCGGGUCCUACUCAAAAGCAUGUCCAGCAAAGCCAUCAAAGCCCAAGACGAAAGCAGUAAACUCGCUGCUGAGGCUGUUGCUAACCUUCGAACUGUCACUGCCUUCUCAUCCCAAGGCCGAAUCCUAAAAAUGCUUGAAAAGGCCCAAGAAGGUCCACGACUAGAGAGCGUAAGACAGUCGUGGUACGCAGGUGUUGGGCUUGGCGCCUCUCAAAGCCUCACAACUUGCACUUGGGCUUUAGACUUUUGGUACGGUGGCAGACUUAUCUCCCAGGGUUACAUCACAGCAAAAGCUUUGUUUGAGACUUUCAUGAUCUUGGUAAGCACGGGUCGUGUUAUUGCUGAUGCUGGAAGCAUGACCUCCGACCUUGUCAAGGGCUCAGAUGCCGUUGGGUCAGUCUUUGCCGUUUUAGACCGAUACACAAGAAUUGAGCCCACAGACCCUGAAGGUUACCAUGCUGAGAAGAUAACGGGCAAAGUGGAAAUUCGUGAUGUGGACUUUGCAUACCCAGCUAGGCCUGACGUGAUGAUCUUCAAAGGCUUCUCGAUCGUUAUAGAAGCUGGGAAAUCAACAGCGUUGGUGGGACAAAGUGGGUCUGGAAAAUCAACUAUCAUAGGAUUAAUUGAGAGAUUUUACGACCCACUCAAAGGUUCAGUGAAAAUUGAUGGUAGAGAUAUAAGGUCAUUCCAUCUUAGGUCCUUAAGGAAGCACAUUGCACUUGUUAGCCAAGAGCCCACACUAUUUGCCGGCACCAUUAGAGAGAACAUCGCGUACGGAGCAUCGGAUAAAGUUGAUGAAACAGAGAUCAUAGAGGCCGGUAGAUUAGCCAAUGCUCACAAUUUCAUUGCGGGCCUAAAGGAUGGAUAUGACACUUGGUGUGGAGACAAAGGGGUGCAGCUCUCGGGGGGACAGAAGCAACGUAUUGCAAUAGCUCGAGCCAUAUUAAAAAACCCGUCUGUGCUAUUGCUAGACGAGGCGACAAGUGCACUAGAUAGUCAGUCGGAGAAAGUAGUGCAAGACGCGUUGGAGAGGGUGAUGGUGGGGAGGACGAGCGUGGUGGUGGCACAUAGAUUGAGCACCAUAAGAAACUGUAAUCAGAUUGCAGUUUUGGAAAAGGGGAGGGUGGUGGAGAUGGGGACCCAUUCAUCUUUGUUAGAGAAGGGCCCAAAUGGAGCUUACUACUCGCUAAUCAAUCUUCAAAGGACCCCGACUGAUAUUAGCCGCCCCUUCAACUGAAGUACUACUUGCAUGCAAUCAUGAUCGAGGACCGGCUUCCUAUUUAAUUUAAACCUCCUUUUUUGGUCGGUGAAUUAAUUAAACACCCAACCCCAUGAUCAUCAUGUGUAUGCAUGCAUGGCAGCCGGCCAUCAUGUUGCAUGCAUGACCUUGAUCAAUAUCUUCUUCUUCUUUUUUUGUACUACGUACUCCAUCUAUCUUUCUAUCUUUAUGAUCUGCAAACGUACUACGUAUCACGCGAGGAGAUCAAAAAAGGUUUGCUUCAGAAUGCAACAUAUAUAUAUAUAUA